GCCCCCCGCGUGUGCCUGUGUGUGCGCGCGCGAGUGUGAGUGCGCGCGCGCCAAGGCGUUCCUCAGGUUGCGCUGCCUGGAUACCAAGGGAGCUUCGUUAUUGGCAAGGCGACGGAGUGGGGGUGGGGGCUCCCCGACCCUCGGGGAAGCGCGGCGCGGGCUGCCGAGCCGAGCCGUGAAUACCGGCUUCCAGCGCGCGCUAAGGCAGACUGGGGCGGGCGCUGCGGGCGGCCUCCAGGCCCCGGGGGGCUCGCCGGGGAGGAGCUGGGGAGGAGGCCGAAGCUGCAUGGAGUUUCUAGGGCGCGCAACUCCGGCGGGGCCUCGGCCACUGGGCUCCCGGGCGCUGCGAGGCAGCCGCGCACAUGGGCUGAGCCCGCGCGCUGGGGCUCGGCACGGCCAGCGGGAGCGGGAGGGGUAGAGGAGCGCGCCGUGCAGGGUGCGGGGCACACGAGCCCCAGACGGGAGCCGAAGACAAGGACAGGGAGGCACGCGCCCACAUAGUGCUCCAAGCCGACGAGGGACUCGCGCUGGCUCGGCGCGCGCUUGGGGAGCGGCCUGGGGCGCCGUGGGAGCCGGCGGCAGCGAGGAUGCCGGCGCGGGGACGCGGCCGCGGGCUGGGUGUGUGAGUGUGCGGCCAGAGCUGCCCGCCGGCGCCCGCAUCCGCGCCGCCCCCUCCCUGCGGGCCUCUGAGGGCGCCCCCAGCUCCGCGCCUCCGCGCCUCGGAACCCGGGCUUCAGGGCUGUGGGCCCGCGCGGCCGGUCCUGGCCCUGCGAGAGGGAGAAGAUGCCUUUCCACCAUGUGACCGCUGGCCUGUUGUACAAGGGGAAUUACCUCAACCGGUCUCUCUCUGCUGGCAGCGACAGCGAGCAGCUUGCAAACAUCUCCGUGGAGGAGCUCGAUGAAAUCCGAGAGGCCUUUCGGGUUCUGGACCGAGAUGGGAAUGGCUUCAUCUCCAAGCAGGAGCUGGGAAUGGCCAUGCGCUCUCUGGGGUACAUGCCGAGUGAGGUGGAGCUGGCCAUCAUCAUGCAGCGCCUGGACAUGGACGGGGAUGGCCAGGUGGAUUUUGAUGAAUUCAUGACAAUUCUUGGCCCGAAACUGGUGUCUUCAGAAGGCCGUGAUGGUUUUCUUGGAAACACAAUAGAUAGCAUAUUCUGGCAGUUUGACAUGCAAAGGAUAACUCUGGAAGAGCUGAAGCACAUCCUCUAUCAUGCCUUCCGGGACCACUUGACAAUGAAGGACAUUGAGAACAUCAUCAUCAACGAGGAGGAGAGCCUGAACGAUACCUCGGGGAACUGCCAGACAGAGUUUGAAGGCGUGCACUCCCAGAAACAGAACCGGCAGACCUGCGUGCGGAAGAGCCUCAUCUGCGCCUUCGCCAUGGCCUUCAUCAUCAGCGUCAUGCUGAUCGCCGCCAACCAGAUCCUGCGGAGCGGCAUGGAGUAGCCGCCCGCCGCCCGCCGCCGCGGUCCCGCUCACUGCGCAUGCGCACGCCCUGCGGGCCGGCUCUUCCUCCACAAAAGCAGAUCUGGAUGAUGCAGACGUGGCUCAGUUCGGCGAAGAACC